AUGUCUAAUUGGUUACAGAUUGUGCACACAUUUCUCAUGUUGCGACUCUGUCAGGCCUCCGACUCAUCACCAUUGGAGAAUAUUGUUCAGCUCAUUUCUGGUGAAUUUAGAGGCUAUCGGCGCUAUAUUCAGGACAAGGAGUCUGAUCCCUCGUUUCAUGUCGCUCUCGAGCAGUACAUGGCAUCUCCGCAUGCAACUACUGUCAGGGAAGCUGGGAGUGCUGCCAUCCGGGCAUAUGAAGAAGCUGUGGCUACUGCCACCCACACAUAUGAAGAAGCUGUGAGGACUGCUGUCCAUCCAUAUCAAGGAAAACUGCCUUCUUGGAUAACGAAGUUAUCAUUUGAAUCUUUCAAGAGGAAGGCAAAAAAGGCCAAGGAAUCCUUUGAAUGGUCUCAGGCAAAAGAAAAAGAAUCUUUGUGCUCUCGGGCAAAGGUGGAGUUAAUUGAAGCUGUUCUUGAAAUCGCUCUAAAUCAUCAUCUGCUGCAACACACUAUCAUGAUAACUGAUGCUCUGGUUUGGAGAGGAGUGGAGGUGCCUGGGCUGUAA